UGCAACCCACCUAGAUAGAACUACUGCUUUUUAGGCAGACGUAUUGCCGGCUCUCUUCCACUUACGCGAAACACAUCAUUGAAUCAUGCACAAACGCCGUAUGCUAUUAGACUCGAGGUGAUAGCCACGGAAGACCGUGCCAUCUGACCGUUUGCUAUCUACUUUCUGAUCAUUACUCACUCACUCGAUUGGACAACAGCAUUUUCAACCUCGAGCAAGAAUCAUGGUUUCAUGGAAGCGGAAGAACAAGAAUCGCCGUCGCGGAGAUCAAGCAGUGGACAACACUGAGAUUGUUUCAGAAACUGUCGUCCCUGAGAGUCAACCGAUUGUCAAUCCGCCUCUGUCCAUCGCAUGCGACUUGCGGGAUGCGGCGCAGACAUCAUUUCCAGUCAGUGAGGUCGAACCAACAGGAGACUCGAAGGAAAUCGUUCCACACAACCGGGAUGCGAGACAGGAAGAUCCCCGGAUCAAGGCGAAACGGGAUGCAGAAUUUGGACCCCUCUGCGACCCGUCGCAUCUCUACGUGAGCCAACACCCCGGAGGGGAAAUCCCAGAUCAGAUCAUCGACGAACCGCCCUAUUUCUUUCUUCUGACGACCUAUAUCACUUUUCUCGUUCUCAUUGGGCUGGGUCACUUUAGAGAUUUCGUUGGACGAUGCUUCCCUUCGCAGUCCAACAGACACUUGAGACAUCACGAUGGAUAUGCCCCGCUAUACAGCGAUUUUGACAGCUUCUACACUCGACGGCUCAAACUGAGGAUCAACGAUUGCUUCCAGCGGCCCACAACUGGAGUCCCCGGCAGGAAUAUUACGCUGCUGGACCGCACCACGAAGGAUAACCUUCACUUCCAAUUGACGGGCACGACGACUGAUACCCUGAAUCUGAGCUCAUACAACUAUCUAGGUUUUGCGCAAUCCGAAGGACCGUGUUCGGACAGCGCGGCAGAAUCGAUCAGACAAUGUGGCAUCAGUAUGUCAGGGUCCGUCGGGGAUGCGGCGACGUCGCAGCUGCUGGUCGACGUCGAGAAACAAAUCGCUCGAUUCGUCGGUAAAGAAGACGCCAUUGUCUUCUCCAUGGGUUUUGUUACCAACGCUACUAUGUUUCCCGCGAUCAUGGAAAGAGGGUGUCUGAUCCUGUCAGAUGAGUUCAACCAUGCGUCGAUUCGAUUUGGCGCUCGUCUAUCUGGCGCCAGCAUUCAGGCCUUUGCGCACAAUAACAUGGCCGAUCUGGAAAGGCGGUUGAGGGAAGCCAUCUCGCAGGGGCAGCCUCGAACUCACAGGCCGUGGAAAAAGAUCUUGGUUACGGUGGAAGGCCUGUAUUCUAUGGAAGGGACCAUGGUCAACCUUCCUAGAAUUAUAGAACUCAAAAAGCGGUACAAGUUUCAGCUGUACAUCGACGAGGCUCAUUCUAUUGGGGCUGUUGGUGCCUCCGGGCGCGGCGUUUGUGAUUACUUCAAGGUUGAUCCUGCGGACGUCGACAUCCUCAUGGGGACAUUUACGAAGUCAUUUGGCGCCAACGGCGGCUACGUCGCUGCUGACCGGGCCGUUAUCAGGAAGCUGCGACAGACAAAUGCAGGCCAACUCUUCGGAGAGGCCCCUUCGCCUCCUGUACUAGCGCAGAUUCUGAGCUCUCUCAGACUUAUCGCGGACGAAGAUCCCGACCAUCCGGGAGAAGGAAAAGAGAGGCUGCAACGAUUGGCUUUCAAUUCCCGAUAUCUACGGCUAGGGCUCAAGCGACUCGGGUUUAUCGUGUACGGGCAUGACGAUUCACCCAUCAUUCCCUUGAUGCUGUACAACCCUGCAAAGAUGCCAGCUUUCUCGCGUGAGAUGCUUCGGCGCAAGAUCUCUGUCGUAGUUGUCACCUACCCAGCGACGCCUCUUGAGUUGUCCCGCGUGAGGUUCUGCGUUUCUGCUGCUCACAACAAAGAUGAUCUCGAUCGGCUACUGCAGGCUUGCGAUGAGAUUGGAGAUAUUUUGCAGCUCAAGUUCUCUACCGGCAUCGCAGGUGGUCUAAGACAACCGCUUCCUGCAGGUAUCAGUUCAGCCAAAAAGGCCAUCAAGCCUCCUCGCUGGCCGCUGGAGGAGGUCAUUCAGAAAGGCGCUCACGACGCAAAGUUGCCUUUGUAUUGAGAUCUGGGCGGUAGGCUGUCCCUUUGUGGUGGCCACACCGCAGAUGAUGUUUGGACACGACAUUGAUAGAUGCUUGUACCACCUACUUGUACAUGCUAAUAGUAGUAAUCAUAAUCAAAAUAAUAAUGUCUACAGA